AUGGAGAGGUAUCAAGAAAAGCUUAGACCUUGCUACCUGGCUUUCCUCGAUCUGGAGAAGGCCAUCGGUAGUCUGUCGAGACAAGUCCUCUGGAGAGCGCUCCGAAAUCGAAAGUUUCUAGAGCACCUGAUAUCUUUGGUGAGAGACAUGUACGAUGGGUCUACGACAACAGUUUGCACUCCCCACGGCCUGACCGAAGCAACAGACGUCACUGUUGUAGUACACCUGGGAUCAGCUCUAAGCCCAGUCAUCACAAGCGGUCUCUGGGAUGGACCACUGAAGACCAUCAUCUACGCUGACGACAUCGCUCUGAUAGCGGAGAGCAGAAAAGAAGUCCAGGACAAGCUCCAGAAAUGGCAGAGGGUGUUAGCGGAGAAUGGACUCCGGCUGAAUGUAGAGAAGACCAAGUUCCUCAGCUCCGGGGAGUGCACGGAGUCAAUCGUUGACGGUUUCAGGGAAGUCAUCGAAAAGGUACAAGUUUUUCGAUACCUGGGGAGUAAUCUAGCCGCUGAUGGCAGCAUGGACCAGGCUGUGAAAUCCCGAGUAAACGUGGCAUGGAUGAAGUGGAGGGAAUCCACAGUCUAG